CCACGAGUCAUGACAACAACACAGGAUACACUGCAGCUGUUUCCAAAUUUCUGUGAAGAAACAAUCAACACCACUCUCGAAAUAAAAGAAGAAAGAAGUAUGUUCACUGAAGAGGUAAAGUGAAAUUCUCCUAAUUUUAUAUGGAGUAAGAACCAUCACACAGACAAGUAAUUCCACUGGAUGACCAGUCAGCCUUCAUUUUCCCAGGUGGUCGUACCUGGUUGCAGACAAUGUUGCAUAGUGAGAGUGAGGCUUAUAGGGAACCAAUUAAAACACCAGUGCUGUCAUUAUUUCGUAGCUAUUACAUUAUCAACAUACUUCAGAAUGAUGAAAAAGCUUGUCUGUUGUCAGUUUCAGUACUUACUUUUUGUCCCUCCCUUUAAAACCCUUUGAGUCCAGGUUUAUGUUUUGCAGACUUUCUGUCUUGUUUGCCUUUGUUUAGCACAUUUUUAACUGUCUUUAGCUCACAUGCAUGUCACUCUUUUUUCAGCUGUAAGUCUGAUUGAUCAUUAUGUGAAUUUAACAAUGUAUAAAGUGAUACAAUGGUCCAUAAAAAACAUAACUCUCUGAUACAGCAAAUCAUGUGCUAAUCCAGAGUCCAGAGUCCAGCUCCUCUACCUGGUUUUCCUGCUUGUCUUUAGUCCCAUAUGCAAACAUUUCUCUCAGGUUUCUGUGUGAUUCAGCAGCAGCAUGGAGCAGAUCUCAGACUAUCUCUGCAGGUAUAAAAACUACAACUUUACCAUCGGACAUAUAACUGCGGAGUACAUUGAUUCACUCCAGAGCUUUGAAAUCAGAGAUAGUGACAUAUUCGUCAUCACUUAUCCAAAGUCAGGCACAGUAUGGUCUCAGCAGAUCAUCAUCUCCAUCUGUGAGUUGGGUGGGGGUCUGAAUGAAUAUCCAAACAACAUGGAGCAGAUGCCAUGGUUGGAGUACAGGGAGGGUCGAGCUGAUUACUCUCUACGACCCUCUCCUCGGCUGUUUGCCUCUCACCUCACCCCUGCUCUCAUGCCUCCAGGACUGAAGGACAAGAAGGCAAAGAUUAUCUAUGUGAUGCGGAAUCCAAAGGACAACGUUGUCUCUUAUUACCACUUCAGUCGUGGCCUUGCUGAUCUGGAGACACCAAAGAGCUUUGAGCACUUUUUUGAAGAGUAUUUGAAGGGCAACGUUGGAGGAUCAUCCUGGUUUGACCACAUCAGAGAGUGGCAUUCAGUGAAAGACCAGUACAACAUCCUCUUCCUGACCUAUGAGGACAUGGUCUUGGACCUGAGGGCAGCUGUAACUAAGAUCUGCACCUUCUUAGGGAAAAACCUGAGUGAAGCGGCCAUUGAUCAAGUUGUAGAAAAAUGUACAUUCAGCAACAUGAAGAAAGACCCAAAAGCCAAUUAUAAGUUUAUACCAGAAACAAGGUUGCAGGGAGACUUCAUGCGCAAAGGUAAGAUCGGUGACUGGAAGAACCACCUGACUGCAGCUCAGAGUGAAAGAGUCGAUCAGCUCCUUCAGGAGAAACUGAGUGAUAUGUCUCUGAAGUUCAUCUGGGAAUAAGCAGAGCAGCCACACCGACCACGAGAUGCUUACAUCUGUUCAUGAUCUGGAUUGGAUUGGACCUUUUUGUUUGUUUGUUUCUUGUUUGUGUUUUUGCCUUGUUUCUGCAUUUGUAA